UCGUCGGGUCGCCUGUUAAUCAUGAGAAUUUGGCAGCUGCUUAUGGUCUUGGGGCUUUUCCACAUCAGAAAGGCUUCCGCCAAGCGGGUGUGCGGCCAGAAGAAAUUCGAUAUCCUGAUCGUAGAAGACGUAUCUAACUCAAUCGGGAAGCUUCAGUACAGUAGCGUGAAACGAUUUGAACAACAAAUGCUCGGGGAUUUGGAAAUAAACUCUAGGGGCAUUAAUAUUGCUUUUAUGGUAUUUUCCGUAAAUGCAAGAGUGGUAUUCCAACUAAAUGCCUACUCUAACAACAGAUCAGCUGUUCUUGCUGCUGUGAACGCACAAGUACAUGAAGGUGGUGCUAGUACACAUAUUGGCGAAGCCAUAAAGUUGGCUAACGACGACGUUUUUACGGGAAGAAACGGUGACCGACCAGACGCUGACAACAUGGUCAUCUUCUUCACUGACGCCUAUGGUACAGAUGAUGACAAAUUGGUUGUGGCUGCCAACAUUGGUUACCUUCAAUCAAAAUCUGAAGUUUUCGUCGUCCAUUCGAAGGGACCAGGCGAGACAGCCAAUAGAAAUGCGACUAUCAGUGCACUUGCAUCAGACCCAGAUAACAGUCAUGCUUUCAGCGUUUACAACUCAAAUGCUUUCAAUGCAUUCAUGCAAAAAGUCAGGGCUAUGCACUGCGAGUCACUUUAUUGAGGAAAGAGCAUGUCAAUUGCAUUCA